AAACAAAAAAUGUCUGCCACGUUUCUUCGCACGUUCGCUAGCGUACCUCUUCGCACUUUCGCUGUUCCACCUCUGCCCAUUUUCGCCGCCACACCUGUUCGCCUCUUUUCCCUGUCGAUUGCCCGCUUUUGCCCCUCUCGCGUCCCUGUCCAGUCUUCUAAAAACGCCCCCACACACCGCUUUGUACCAACUCUGAAUGGACGUCACGCCCAGUCACUCGUGAAGGCGCUCCGUUUCUUCAUUCCCCCGCGCUACACACGUCGCAGCGUUCACCUGGCACAAACCAGUUGUUGAGACUCAGACAAGUCACGCAACUACUUCGCAAAGGCGAACGUGCCCCCCUUGCAGUGCUGGAGGGGGGACAGAGUGCCGCGUGAGUGGGCUACCUCUGUCUCCCCCAAUAAUAACGCCAUACACACAUGUGUGUUUGCGCUCAUACGCGAUUGCGUUCAUCUGUGCUUCCGCUCAUACGUGAUUACACCCAUAUAUGUUUGCGCCCAUACGUGCUUCCGCUCAUCUGUGCUUCCUCGCCGCGCGCCCCCCUAUGAUGUUCCCCCCCAGCGUCGUUUUCAUGGACAAAAUUGAAGAGAAAAAUAUUAAGAGCCAAGAAUUAUUAUGUUUUUUGCGCCUUCUGUAGUUGUUUUUUUUUUGCCCUCCAUUUUGCCCAAUUUAGUAAGUACCUUCCACCUCAGCAAAGUAGCCUCUACUUCCCUCCCCUUUGGAAAAGGCACUCUUCGAAAUGUGAAACCAGGGGAGGAGCAAAUUAUUCUUUUCAGGAAUUCGCAGCGGCAUUACAACAGUGUGCACCCCCAAACGGUUGAACACUUUCUAUGCAAAAAUGAAAAAGUAGGUGGCCAAAAUGGAGGGACCUGUUUCUUUAAGAAGGACCAAACGUUUUCCAAACUGCUUGUCCACCCAACCCUAGUUGAUGAGUUGAAGAAAAAUAACAUCACCAUCCCGUCACUCAUCCAGUUCGACCUGUUGCAGUAUUAUAAUAAGUGCUUCCCCAUGCUGCGAAACGUCAUCAUCGGUGCUGAAAAUGGGAUUGGCAAAACGCUCUCCUACAUCAUUUUCGUUUUGAACCACAUCUUGAAACAGUCCAGCAGGCACAACAGAGUCUUCGUCUUGAUUUUUCAGUACAGCGGGUUGCUCACUAGGCAGUGCCUCCAAGUCGUCCGGCGCCUCUCCAGAAACGUCAAGGUGAAAAGCACCACCCUGAACCCUACCCCUGUAACCCCCGUAACAACCGUACCCCCCGUGAACCUGAACCCUAACGGAAGCCUCAUUCUGAUCACCUCCCCAGUGAAGUUCGCCACCUACAUGAAGGAAAACGAAGACGCAGUAACUCCCUUUCUCAAAAACUUAGACUUUCUUAUAAUGGACGAAGUGGACGUCCUGUUCGACGACCCCUUUGUGAAACACAUCAAGGCGCUUUACCAACAGAUGAGCAAGCUAGCCAACACGAAAUACAUCUCCAUAGUAACUUCCUCCACCCUAUGCAAUAACGGGAAAAAAUCUGUGUACCAGAAAAUCAACAAAUACGUAACAGACGCCGUUUUGAUAAAGACAAACUACCUGCACAAUGUACACCCCCUUGUGAACUACCACUUUGUAAAUCUGCCCUCAUACACUGUUAGUGAAAAAAUAAAAGCCAUAAAAAGGAUCAUGUCGAAAGAAAAUUACAAAAAAACUCUCAUCUUUUGCAAUACCCUUACUAGCUGCAAUAAUGCAUAUAGUCAGUUGAGCCCCCUUUUUGAGGACAUCUACCUCUUCAAUUCGUCGUUAAAGAAGGAAGACCAGUUUGCCAUUCUGGACAUUUUCAAAAACUCAGAGAGGUGCAUCCUCGUGACUACUGACAUAAUUCACAGGGGGGUGGACAUCAAGGGAAUUACCCACCUGUUCCACUUGGACGCCCCCACCAACAUUGUGGUGUACACGCACAGAAACGGAAGAAUCUCCAGGGGAGCCAGCACAGGAGACAUAUACCUUUUUAAUGACUCGGACAACUUGGUAACCAUGAAAAUCUACCAGCUUCACAAAAAGAACGUCAAAUUUGAAGACAUCUUUAGCAGGAAAAGGUCUUUGCGAAAGAAUUAUAAAAGGGACUUAAAAAAAUCCAAGCAGGGGGAAGGGAAGGCGGGACAAAAUCCCCAAAGUUCUACGGAACACCCGCUUGAGGGGUGAAGAAAUAAUACAAAGAAGUUACCUGUACAAGUCGUUUAUUUCUUCCAACUUUUUUUUUAAAUCUCCUUCGUCGUUUGCUUUUCCAUUUGUGCCUUUUUUUAAAUUUUGAAUGAACUGCAUUUUUUUAUGAAAAAGGAAUGUGCAGUGAUUAUAUUAGUUUAUAUUUAGAUU